AUGCCGGUAUUUUCGUGGGCCUCUCCUGGCUAUCCCCGGGGUCUCCUGCUAGUUGUUUUGGUUGUGUUCGUGGGCAUUGCAUUGCCAGGUGAAGCCUCUGUCCCUGCAAAUCUAUCACACGGAACUGAAGGCUCACAUUUAACUAACAUCACUAAUACUAAAAAGGCAUUUCCUGUGCUCGCCGUAAAUUACGAACACGUACGAAAGCCUUUUGAGGUCGCGCUAUGGAUCGUUCUCGCCUUAUUGAUGAAACUCGGUGAGUGCCUUUGCUUUUGUCACGAUGUUACAAUGAUCCACUUGGGGAUGCCCCUUACUAAAUGAAUUGAUAUGGAUCGAUAUGACGCUAUCAAACGUCACAUUUCUCUGGGGUCAUGAUGAUGAUGAUGAUGAUGAUGAUGAUGAUAAGGUUCGACAGGGACAUUAUUGCAAUACACUACAACACAUCAAUUCAGACAGGAAUGUAAGUCUAAUGUUGUGGUAUAUUAUAAAUAUACUACAGUUCCUGGCAGGAAGUUUGGACACAGGAGGUGCCCACUCUAUUACUAAUCGCUACACUGAUGGCAGAGGUGGGAUGAUUCCAUAUAGGUAAUAUGGUUCUUUAUGGCACAGGAUCGGGUAUACCCAUUGUUUCAGUCCUACUUUGGAUCAUGAGAUGCUGCAUCUAAUUACCAUGGACUUUAUAAGCAAUUGUCCCUCUCACCAGUCACCACUAGAAACAGAAGCACAAGUUCCAUAAGAUUAGUGUAAUAGGAGACUUGGCAAACAUUUGGGAUGGACAUUCUCAGAGUGAAGAGAGCAGUUGUUGUCAUGACCUGCCAGAGUUAGAGGGAUGUAGGGGUAACUAGGGGUAACUAGGGGUAACUAGGGGUAACUAGGGGUCAGUAGGGGUCAGUAGGGGUAACUAGGGGUCAGUAGGGGUCACUAGGGGUCAGUAGGGGUCAGUAGGGGUCACUAGGGGUAACUAGGGGUAACUAGGGGUCAGUAGGGGUCAGUAGGGGUAACUAGGGGUCAGUAGGGGUCAGUAUGGGUGUAGAUAGUUCUGCAUGUCUUUCCUGUCACUGUACUUUCUCUCUUGUAUGUCCCAGAAAAAGUCAUACACACUACACAAAUAUCACAUAUUAUAUUUAAUAUGCACAUAACACACCCCAGACGGUUUGUGUCCCAAAUGACACAAUAUUCCCUAUAUAGUGCAUUACUUUUGACCAGAGCCCUAUGGGUCCUGGUCAAAGGUAGUGCACUAUAAAGGGAAUACGGUGCCAUUUGGGACACAGCCUAUUAAAGUAACUGUCCAGUGAAAAUCUCACUUAAAAGUUAAUAUUCUGGGGCCUCCCGAGUGGUGCAGCGCUCUAAGGCACUGCAUCGCAGUGCUUGAGGCGUCACUACAGACCCGGGUUCGAUCCCAGGCUGUGUCACAGCCUGCCGUGACCCGGGAGACCCAUGAGGCGGCGCACAAUUGGCCCAGCGUCGUCCUGGUCAGGGGAGGGUUUGGCCGGCUGGGAUUUCCUUGUCCCAUCGCGCUCUAGCGACUCCUUGUGGCGGGCCGGGCACCUGCAAGCUGACUUCGGUUGCCAGCUGGACGGUGUUUCCUCUGACACAUUGGUGCGGCUUGCUUCCAGGUUAAGCGAGCAGUGUAUCAAGAAGCAGUGCGGCUUGGCAGGGUCGUGUUUGGCUCUCGACCUUCGCCUCUCCUGAGUCCGUAGGGGAGUUGCAGCGAUGGGACAAGACUGUAACUACCAACUGGGGAGAAAAAAGGGUAAAAGUACAACAACAACAAAGGUUAAUAUUCUGUUAAGUCACAUGGUUAGCAGAUGUUACCCAAAUAAUGUCGUUGACUCAUUCUAUACUCCUAUUUGUGGCUAGAGCAUAAAUGGGAGAAAAAAAACACUUCAAAAACCCCUCCUCAAACUGCUAUUUCCUCAUAAAACAUGACAUCGUGUUGGCUCAUUGGCUGAGCUGGCCAAUCAGCGGUCUACUCGCGUUCAUAUUUUUUAUGACCGGUAUACGCCCACACCAUUAUGUUCUUGGGGUACGCCCACAUCAUUCAAACACAGAAAAUAUGCUUUUCACUAUUUUACUUAGUUAUAGGUCGUAUUUAAUAGAAAUCUGGAAACACUGGACAGUUCCUUUUAAGGAAUCUUCCAAGUAAGUGUUGUGUGAGUUAGAAGUCAGCUUGCAGUGAUGGUAAUUAGCCGCAUACUACAUAUGUAUACAGUAGUCUUUGAGACUGCCUGUCUCGCAUCACUUUCCUCCUUCACAGUUAGCAUUGCUAACUUCAAAUCUAAUCAAAUGUAUUGGUCACAUACACGUGGUUAGCAGAUUGUUAUUGUGAGUGUAGUGAAAUGCUUGUGCUUCUAGUUCCGACAGAGCAGUAAUAUCUAGCAAGUAAUAUCUAACAGUUCCACAACAAAUAUCUAAUACACACAAAUCUAAGUAAAGGAAUGGAAUAAGAAUAUAUACAUAUAUGGAUGGCCAAUGUCAUUGUCAGAGCGGCAUAGGUUAAGAUGCAAUAGAUAGUAUAGAAUACAGUAUAUACAUAUGAGAUGGGUAAUGCAAGAUAUGUAAACAUUAUUAAAGUGGCAUUAUUAAAGUGACUAGUGUUCCAUUUAUUAAAGUGGCCAGUGAUUUUCAAGUCUGUAUGUAGGCAGCAGCGCCUCUGUGCUAGUGAUGGCUGUUUAACAGUCUGAUGGCCUUGAGAUACAGUGCCUUGCAGAAGUAUUCAUCCCCCUUGGCGUUUUUCCUAUUUUGUUGCAUUGCAACCUGUAAUUUAAAAUAAUUUUUAUAUGGAUUUCAUGUAAUGGACAUACACAAAAUAGUCCAAAUUGGUGAAGUGGAAUGAAAAAACAAACUUGUUAAAAAAAAUUUGAACAAAUAAAUAACGGAAAAGUGGUACGUGCAAAUGUAUUCACCCCCUUUGCUAUUAAGCCCCUAAAUAAGAUCUGGUGCAACCAAUUACCUUCAGAAGUCACAUAAUUAGUUAAAUAAAGUCCACCUGUGUGCAAUCUGUGUCACAUGAUCUGUCACAUGAUCUCGGUAUAUAUACACCUGUUCUGAAAGGCCCCAGAGUCUGCAACACCACUAAGCAAGGGGCACCACCAAGCAAGCGGCACCAUGGAGACCAAGGAGCUCUCCAAACAGGCCAGGGACAAAGUUGUGGAGAAGUACAGAUCAGGGUUGGGUUAUAAAAAAAGAUCAGAAACUUUGAACGUCACACGGAGCACCAUUUAAAUCCAUUAUUAAAAAAUUGAAAGAAUAUGGCACCACAACAAACCUGCCAAGAGAGGGCCGCCCACCAAAACUCACGAACCAGGCAAGGAGGGCAUUAAUCAGAGGCAACAAAGAGACCAAAGAUAACCCUGAAGGAGCUGCAAAGCUCCACAGCAGAGAUUGGAGUAUCUGUUCAUAGGACCACUUUAAGCCUUACACUCCACAGAGCUGGGCUUUACGGAAGAGUGGCCAGAAAAAAGCCAUUGCUUAAAGAAAAAAAUAAGCAAACACGUUUGGUGUUCACCAAAAGGCAUGUGGGAGACUCCCCAAACAUAUGGAAGAAGGUACUCUGGUCAGAUGAGACUAAAAUUGAGCUUUUUGGCGCAAACCCAACACCUCUCAUCACCGCGAGAACACCAUCCCUACAGUGAAGCAUGGUGGUGGCAGCAUCAUGCUGUUGGGAUGUUUUUCAUCGGCAGGGACUGGGAAACUGGUCAGAAUUGAAGGAAUGAUGGAUGGCGCUAAAUACAGGGAAAUUCUUGAGGGAAACCUAUUUCAGUCUUCCAGAGAUUUGAGACUGGGACGGAGGUUCACCUUCCAGCAGGACAAUGACCCUAAGCAUACUGCUAAAGCAACACUGAAGUGGUUUAAGGGGAAACAUUUAAAUGUCUUGGAAUGGCCUAGUCAAAGCCCAGACCUCAAUCCAAUUGAGAAUCUGUGGUAUGACUUAAAGAUUGCUGUACACCAGCGGAACCCAUCCAAUUUGAAGGAGCUGGAACAGUUUUGCCUUGAAGAAUGGGCAAAAAUCCCAGUGGCUAGAUGUGCCAAGCUUAUAGAGACAUACCCCAAGAGACCUUUUGCAGCUGUAAUUGCUGCAAAAGGUGGCUCUACAAAGUAUUGAAUUUGUGGGGGUGAAUAGUUAUGCACGCUCAAGCUUUCUGUUUUUUUUGUCUUAUUUCUUGUUUCUUUCACAACCAAAAAUAUUUUGCAUCUUCAAAGUGGUAGGCAUGUUGUGUAAAUCAAAUGAUACAACCCCCCAAAAAUCCAUUUAAAUUACAGGUUGUAAGGCAACAAAAUAGGACAAAUGCCAAGGGGGGUGAAUACUUUCGCAAGCCACUGUAGAAGCAGUUUUUCAGUCUCUCAGUCCCACCUUUGAUGCACCUGUACUGACCUCGCUUUCUGGAUGAUAGCGGGGUGAACAGGCAGUGGCUCAGGUGGUAAUUGUCCUUGAUUAUCUUUUUGGCCUUCCUGUGACAUCGGGUGCUGUAGGUGUCCUGGAGGGCAGGUAUUUUGCCCCCGGUGAUGCGUUGUGCAGACCGCACCACCCUCUGGAGAGCCCUGCGGUUGUGGGCGGUGCAGUUGCCGUACCAGGCGGUGAUACAGCCCGACAGGAUGCUCUCAAUUGUGCAUCUGUAAAGGUUUGUGAGGGUUUUAGGUGACAGGCCAAAUUUCUUCAGCCUGAGGUUAAAGAGACGCUGUUGCGCUUUCUACACCACACUGUCUGUGUGGGUGGACCAUUUCAGUUUGUCAGUGAUACAGUGAGGGAAAAAAGUGUUUGAUCCCCUGCUGAUUUUGUACGUUUGCCCACUGACAAAGACAUGAUCAGUCUAUAAUUUUAAUGGUAGGUUUAUUUGAACAGUGAGAGACAGAAUAACAACAAAAAAAUCCAGAAAAACGCAUGUCAAAAAUGUUAUAAAUUGAUUUGCAUUUUAAUGAGGGAAAUAAGUAUUUGACCCCUCUGCAAAACAUGACUUAGUACUUGGUGGCAAAAUCCUUGUUGGCAAUCACAGAGGUCAGACGUUUCUUGUAGUUGGCCACCAGGUUUGCACACAUCUCAGGAGGGAUUUUGUCCCACUCCUCUUUGCAGAUCUUCUCCAAGUCAUUAAGGUUUCGAGCCUGACGUUUGGCAACUCGAAACUUCAGCUCCCUCCACAGAUUUUCUAUGGGAUUAAGGUCUGGAGACUGGCUAGGCCACUCCAGGACCUUAAUGUGCUUCUUCUUGAGCCACUCCUUUGUUGCCUUGGCCGUGUGUUUUGGGUCAUUGUCAUACUGGAAUACCCAUCCACGACCCAUUUUCAAUGCCCUGGCUGAGGGAAGGAGGUUCUCACCCAAGAUUUGACGGUACAUGGCCCCGUCCAUCGUCCCUUUGAUGCGGUGAAGUUGUCCUGUCCCCUUAGCAGAAAAACACCCCCAAACAUAAUGUUUCCACCUCCAUGUUUGACGGUGGGGAUGGUGUUCUUGGGGUCAUAGGCAGCAUUCCUCCUCCUCCAAACACGGCGAGUUGAGUUGAUGCCAAAGAGCUUGAUUUUGGUCUCAUCUGACCACAACACUUUCACCCAGUUCUCCUCUGAAUCAUUCAGAUGUUCAUUGGCAAACUUCAGACGGGCCUGUAUAUGUGCUUUCUUGAGCAGGGGGACCUUGCGGGCGCUGCAGGAUUUCAGUGCUUCACGGCGUAGUGUGUUACUAGUUGGUUUCUUGGUGACUAUGGUCCCAGCUGCCUUGAGAUCAUUGACAAGAUCCUCCCGUGUAGUUCUGGGCUGAUUCCUCACCGUUCUCAUGAUCAUUGCAACUCCACGAGGUGAGAUCUUGCAUGGAGCCCCAGGCCGAGGGAGAUUGACAGUUCUUUUGUGUUUCUUCAAUUUGCGAAUAAUCGCACCACCCAACAGUUGGUUGUCACCUUCUCACCAAGCUGCUUGGCGAUGGUCUUGUAGCCCAUUCCAGCCAUGUGUAAGUCUACAAUCGAGGGUUACUCACGUCGGCCAUGGAGAAGGAGAGCCCACAGUUCUUGGUAGCUGGCCACGUCGCUGGCACUGUGUUAUCCUCAAAGCGGGCAAAGAACUUGUUUAGCUUGUCUGGCAGCAAGCCGUCGGUGUCCGCGACGUGGCUGGUUUUCCUGUUGUAGUCUGUGACUGAGCACCUACCCUUGUGGGGCCCCAGUGUUGAGGAUCAGUGAAGUGGAGAUGUUGUUUCCUACCUUCACCACCUGGGGUGGCCCCACAAGGGCCCCCAGGUGUAUGGUGUGUGACUGUGGGGGGAUAUGUGCUGUUGCUGAGUUAUGUAUGGUUUUUUUUGUGGUUCCCGCCCCAUUCCCAGAUACGGUAAAUGACAAUGUUCCAUUACUCAUAGACAUACAGUGGGGGGAAAAAGUAUUUAGUCAGCCACCAAUUGUGCAAGUUCUCCCACUUAAAAAGAUGAGAGAGGCCUGUAAUUUUCAUCAUAGGUACACGUCAACUAUGACAGACAAAUUGAGGGGAAAAAAUCCAGAAAAUCACAUUGUAGGAUUUUUAAUGAAUUUAUUUGCAAAUUAUGGUGGAAAAUAAGUAUUUGGUCACCUACAAACAAGCAAGAUUUCUGGCUCUCACAGACCUGUAACUUAUUCUUUAAGAGGCUCCUCUGUCCUCCACUCGUUACCUGUAUUAAUGGCACCUGUUUGAACUUGUUAUCAGUAUAAAAGACACCUCUCCACAACCUCAAACAGUCACACUCCAAACUCCACUAUGGCCAAGACCAAAGAACUGUCAAAGGACACCAGAAACAAAAUUGUAGACCUGCACCAGGCUGGGAAGACUGAAUCUGCAAUAGGUAAGCAGCUUGGUUUGAAGAAAUCAACUGUGGGAGCAAUUACUAGGAAAUGGAAGACAUACAAGACCACUGAUAAUCUCCCUCGAUCUGGGGCUCCACGCAAGAUCUCACCCCGUGGGGUCAAAAUGAUGACAAGAACGGUGAGCAAAAAUCCCAGAACCACACGGGGUACCUAGUGAAUGACCUGCAGAGAGCUGGGACCAAAGUAACAAAGCCUACCAUCAGUAACACACUACGCCGCCAGGGACUCAAAUCCUGCAGUGCCAGACGUGUCCCCCUGCUUAAGCCAGUACAUGUCCAGGCCCGUCUGAAGUUUGCUAGAGUGCAUUUGGAUGAUCCAGAAGAGGAUUGGGAGAAUGUCAUAUGGUCAGAUGAAACCAAAAUAGAUAUUUUUGGUAAAAACUCAACUCGUCGUGUUUGGAGGACAAAGAAUGCUGAGUUGCAUCCAAAGAACACCAUACCUACUGUGAAGCAUGGGGGUGGAAACAUCAUUCUUUGGGGCUGUUUUUCUGCAAAGGGACCAGGACGACUGAUCCGUGUAAAGGAGAGAAUGAAUGGGGCCAUGUAUCGUGAGAUUUUGAGUGAAAACCUCCUUCCAUCAGCAAGGGCAUUGAAGAUGAAACGUGGCUGGGUCUUUCAGCAUGACAAUGAUCCCAAACACACCGCCCGGGCAACGAAGGAGUGACUUCGUAAGAAGCAUUUCAAGGUCCUGGAGUGGCCUAGCCAGUCUCCAGAUCUCAACCCCAUAGAAAAUCUUUGGAGGGAGUUGAAAGUCUGUGUUGCCCAGCGACAGCCCCAAAACAUCACUGCUCUAGAGGAGAUCUGCAUGGAGGAAUGGGCCAAAAUACCAGCAACAGUGUGUGAAAACCUUGUGAAGACUUACAGAAAACGUUUGACCUGUGUCAUUGCCAACAAAGGGUAUAUAACAAAGUAUUGAGAAACUUUUGUUAUUGACCAAAUACUUAUUUUCUACCAUAAUUUGCAAAUAAAUUAAUUAUAAAUCCUACAAUGUGAUUUUCUGGAUUUUUUUUCCUCAUUUUGUCUGUCAUAGUUGACGUGUACCUAUGAUGAAAAUGACAGGCCUCUCUCAUCUUUUUAAGUGGGAGAACUUGCACAAUUGGUGGCUGACUAAAUACUUUUUUCCCCACUGUAUGUUAGUCAGAGACUCCUGAGGUAGAAGACUGCUAGGGUUUGUAUCCUCAGACAUUUCUUACUAAGGGCUUCAGUUAUCUGCAGUUGCAGCACCGGCAUGGUUGAUCUAUGACUAACUACUGCAGUAGCAUGUGUGUUGCCUAAAAUAGCGGUCUAAAAAAGGCCUUUUUUUUUUUUUUUUUUCACGAGAGCUCAGACUUACAGCGAUGCAAAAGUAACUGAUUUUUAGCAUUUUAAUUGAUCUAAGAAUGAAGUGGUUAUGUGUGUAUGCUGUGAACUUAAAGUACCUUUAACCACUUCGACAGGCACUGUCUUUUCAUAUCAUUCAGUACACAUCUCAAGACAAUUGCAACAGAGGCUGAAUCAACAUAGGGAGAAAAUUGCCACACAUUCUUGCCUCGAUACGGCAAUGUCAUAGUAACAAACCCACUGUCCUACUACUGACCCAGCCCCGGAUUCAUAAAGCAAAAAAAGUUUAAGAUCUAGGAUCAGUUUUGCCUUUUAGAUCAUAAUGAAUAAGAUUACAUGGGCGGGGGGACCUAAUCGUAGAUCAGCACUCCUGCUCUGAGACACUUCAUGAAUACAGUCCCCUGUCGUACAGCAGACAUAUGUCUUAACAUGAACAUAAAUAACAUUACCUAUCCCAUCUUCCCCCCAGGUUUCGAUCUGAUCCCCCGUCUGUCCGGCGUGGUCCCAGAGAGCUGCCUGCUGAUCAUGGUGGGGCUGCUGGUGGGGGGACUCAUCAAGGUGAUCGGAGAGGAGCCCCCUGUACUGGACUCCCAGCUCUUCUUCCUGUGCCUCCUUCCGCCCAUCAUCCUCGACGCAGGCUACUUCCUCCCCAUCCGGCCCUUCACAGAGAACGUGGGCACCAUCUUGGUGUUUGCGGUUAUAGGUAAGCUAAGUACGGACUGCUCAAUCAAUCACAUUUAUUUUAUUCAGCCCUUUUUUACAUCAUCAGUUUUUCACAUAGUGCUUAUACAGAAACCCAGCUAAAAAAAAAAAAACAGCAAGCAAUGCAGAUGUAGAAGCACCGUGGCUAGGAAAGACUCUAGAAAGGCAGGAACCUAGGAAGAAACCUAGAGAGGAACCAGGCUCUGAGGAGUGGCCAGUCCUCUUCUGGCUGUGUCAGCCAGAGAUUAUAAGAGUACAUGGCCAUUUAGGCCAGAUCGUUCUUCAAGACGUUCAAACGUUCAUAGAUGACCAGCAGGGUCAACAAGGGUCUGCUAAGAACGUUAUCCCGUCCCUCCAGUGUAAUUUGUAUACAGAUGUAUUUGCUGCUAUGUAUUUGUUGCUGUUAUGAUUCAUGUUGUCAUGUUAUCAUGACAUAAUAUUAUGUAUUUUUAAACUGCCGCAAACCAAUUUCCUAGCCUGGUCAAGGAGUGGCAUGAUGGGACAAACAGACUGGUACCCAGGAUACCAUUUUCCCAUUGUGGGAUGAUAAAGUGAACUUCUACUACUACUAUUAUUUACCCUGUGAAAAUGUUAUCAAAUAAUUCAGCCUUAUUGAAAUAAUCCAUUCUCUCAUUCUUUUAGGUACCCUGUGGAAUGCCUUCUUCGUGGGAGGAUUGCUGUAUGCCUUGUGCCAGAUCGAGAGCGUGGGUCUGACCGGCGUGGACCUGUUGGCCUGCCUGCUCUUCGGCUCCAUCGUCUCGGCCGUGGACCCGGUGGCCGUGCUGGCUGUGUUCGAGAAGAUCCACAUCAAUGAGCUGAUCCACAUCCUGGUAUUUGGGGAGUCCCUUCUCAAUGAUGCUGUCACUGUGGUGAGUGUUCAAAAUAGGAAAAGCACUCGAACAUCUGAGUAGCCUUGUUGCAGGUGCGUGGGAAUAAUUCAAUGAUGUCUAUAUAAAGAAAGACCCGCACACUGCUCUUGCCACUAUCACUUCAGUUUAUUAAACUGUGGUGGGUGUUGGCAGUGAAGAUUAGGACAAAUUGAACCAGACCUAUAAAUAUGGAGAGGCUGUCUUUAACUCCGGGUGAGGUUAAAGGUUGCUGCCUCUCUGUUUCUGUGUACAAAGUUGGAUCGUUUCAAUCAAACCCAUUCAACUCAAGUUAACAUGACGGGAUCUGUUUUGUUCCCUUAUUGCCAGCUGUGUAAAUUCAGUGUUCAUUUCCAGACGUGUGGCUGACGCCACAAGCCACCCCCUUUAACAGGCAGCCAGUGUUCUCACAGCUGAGGAGGAUGAGUAUAAUCAAUUUUGCAUUAACCAUGACGGUGCACUUUCCUCUCAGCUAGCUCUAACGGCAGGGAGAUAGCCGUAGCUUCAACGGCUCACUGUAUACAAUACCAGUCAAAAGUUUGGACACACCUACUCAUUCAAAGGUUUUUCUUUAUUUGUACUAUUUUUUACAUUGUAGAAUAAUUGUGAAGACAUCAAAACUAUGAAAUAACGCAUAUGGAAUCAACCAAAAAAGUGUUAAACAAAUCAAAAUAGAUUUUAUAUUUGAGAUUCUUCAAAAAGCCACCCUUUGCCUUUAUGAGCUUUGCACACUCUUGGCAUUAUCUCAACCAGCUUCAUGAGGUAGUCACCUGGAAUGCAUUUCAAUUAACAGGUAUGCCUUGUUAAAAGUUAAUUUGUGGAAUGUCUUUCCUUCUUAAUGCAUUUGUGUUGUGACAAGGUAGGGUUGGUAUACAGAAGAUAGCCCUAUUUGGUAAAAGACCAAGUCCAUAUUAUGUCAAGAACAGCUCAAAUAAGCAAAGAGAAACGACAGUCUAUCAUUACUUUAAGAAAUGAAGGUCAGUCAAUACGGAACAUUUCAAGAACUUUGAAAGUUUCUUCAAGUGCUGUUGCAACAACCAUCAAGCGCUAUGAUGAGGACCACCACAGGAAUGGAAGACCCAGAGUUACCUCUGCUGCAGAGGAUAAGUUCAUUAGAGUUACCAGCCUCAGAAAUUGCUGUGUGAAUCAGGCCUUCAUGGUCGAAUUACUGCAAAGAAACCACUACUAAAGAACACCAAUAAGAAGAGACCUGCUUGGGCCAAGAAACACAAGCAAUGGACAUUAGACCGGUGGAAAUUUGUCCUAUGGUCUGGAGUCCAAAUUUGAGAUUUUUGAUUUGACUGGUACUGUACAUAAAACGGACAUUAAUGUACUGAACAAAAAUAUAAACGCAACAUGUAAAAGUGUUAGUCCUAUGAGCUGAAAUAAAAAAUCCCAGAAAUGUUCCAUACGCACAAAAAGCUUAUUUCUCUCAAAUGUUUGGUGUAACAAAUUUAGUUUACAUCCCGGUUAGUGAGCAUUUCUCCGUUGCCAAGGUAAUCCAUCCACCUGACAGGUGUGACAUAUCAAGAAGCUGAUUAAACAGCAUGAUCAUUACACAGGUGCACCUUGUGCUGAGUACAAAAGGCCACUCUAAAAUGUGCAGUUUUGUCACACAGCACAAUGCCACAGACAUCUCAAGUUUUAAGGGAGCGUGCAAUUGACAUGCUGACUGCAGUAAUGUCCACCAGAGCUGUUGCCAGAGAAUUUUAUGUUAACUUCUCUACCAUAAGCCGCCUCCAACGUCGUUCUAGAGAAUUUGGCAGUACAUCCAACCGGCCUCACAACCGCAGACCAUGUGUAACCACGCCAGCCCAGGACUUCCACAUCCAGUUCUUCACCUGCGGGAUCGUCUGAGACUAGCCACCCGGACAGCUGAUGAAACUGAGGAUUAUUUCUGUCUGUAAUAACGCCCUUUUGUGGGGAAAAACACAUUAUGAUUGGCUGGGCCUGGCUCCCAAGUGGGUGGGCCUAUGCCCUCCCAGGCCCACCCAUGGCUGCGCCCCUGCCCAGUCAUGUGAAAUCCAUAGAUUAGGGCCUAAUGAAUUUAUUUCAAUUGACUGAUUUCCUUAUAUGAACUGUAACUCAGUAAAAUCAUUGAAAUUGUUGCAUGUUGCCUUUAUAUUUAUGUUCAGUAUAGAUGCCGAAUGGUAGUUUGGGUGCUUUUGGCAGGUGUAGAUAUUACUCAGCAAAAUGGCUCUGACUCUAUGCCAACCCGGCCACUGAUUCAGCGUACAACCUUAUCACCCAAACCGAGGCAGAUGUUAUUUAAUGGAGCAGUGAAGCAAUAGGAGGGUAUUUACUGCCUGGCAGUGAGAAUGGUCACAGUGUUCCAAAGACUGAGGGGCUGAUCCAACUAGGGUGCUUCCCAAAUGUCACCCUGUUCCCUACAUAGUGCAAAAGUACAUACUGGUCAAAAGUAGUGCACUAUAUAGAAAAUAGGGUUCCAUUUGGGACUCAACUCUAGUACCUGGAGUUUGGUAGAAGGAUACUAUUUACAUACUGUAGUGAUUGGGCUGUAUACAUUCCAUGUAUAAUGAUGUUAAGUAAUUUAUCAUUCAACCAAUAGGCACCCCCACCCCCACCCCCAAACAUCUUCCCGAAGAUAUGAACGUGAAGCAGAACCAAAUCAACAACUAUUGCUAAAUCUAGUUGAUAGAAAAUCUCAAUUUGUGCAUCCCAAAUGGCACCCUAUCCCCAUUUCCUAUGUAGUGCACUACUUUUGAUAAGGGCCCAAAGGGCUCUGGUCAAAAGAAGUGCACUAUAUAGCGAAUAGGGUGCCAUUUGGGACCCUCGCAUAGAUCUGUGCGCGCUUCCACUGACCCCUUCUUUCGUCCCUCCAUGCAGGUUCUGUACAACCUGUUUGAGGAGUUCUCCAAAGUGGGGACGGUCACUGUAUUAGAUGUGCUCCUAGGCGUGGUGUGUUUCUUCGUGGUGUCCUUGGGAGGGGUCCUGGUGGGGGCCAUCUACGGCGUCCUGGCAGCCUUCACCUCUCGCUUCACCUCACACAGCCGCGUCAUCGAACCCCUCUUCGUCUUCCUCUACAGCUACAUGGCCUACCUCUCCGCCGAGAUGUUCCAUCUCUCUGGUAUCAUGGCGUAAGUAGCUAUUUGACAGAUAACAGAUGUGUAUUGAUAAGGAGAUGGGACACCAUUAUGUUGGCUUCAGUGUGUUCCAUAGAGCAUUAUGGGUACUGUAGUACAUCAUUCUACAAGAUGAACUGACAUUGACUUAUUAUCAAUUUGAUAAAUGAACAUGAAGUUACAAUGAAAAUCAACUUGUCGUUUUUUUCACCAUAGUUUGAUAGCAUGUGGGGUCGUGAUGCGGCCCUAUGUGGAGGCCAACAUAUCCCACAAGUCCUACACCACCACCAAGUACUUCCUGAAGAUGUGGAGCAGUGUGAGCGAGACACUUAUCUUCAUCUUCCUGGGCGUGUCCACGGUGGCCGGGCCGCACGCCUGGAACUGGACCUUCGUCAUCGUCACCGUCAUUCUCUGUCUGGUGUCACGAGUACUGGGUCAGUACCAUUCUCUGUCUGGUGUCACGAGUACUGGGUCAGUACCAUCCUCUGUCUGGUGUCACGAAUACUGGGUCAGUACCAUCCUCUGUCUGGUGUCACGAGUACUGGGUCAGUACCAUCCUCUGUCUGGUGUCACGAAUUCUGGGUCAGUACCAUCCUCUGUCUGGUGUCACGAGUACUGGGUCAGUACCAUCCUCUGUCUGGUGUCACGAGUACUGGGUCAGUACCAUCCUCUGUCUGGUGUCACGAAUACUGGGUCAGUACCAUCCUCUGUCUGGUGUCACGAAUACUGGGUCAGUAGCAUCCUCUGUCUGGUGUCACGAAUACUGGGUCAGUACCAUCCUCUGUCUGGUGUCACGAGUACUGGGUCAGUACCAUCCUCUGUCUGGUGUCACGAGUACUGGGUCAGUACCAUCCUCUGUCUGGUGUCACGAGUACUGGGUCAGUACCAUCCUCUGUCUGGUGUCACCAGUACUGGGUCAGUAUAAAGCAAAAUGUUUAAAUCAAUUUAACCUUUAUUUUAUGUGCAUUUAAACAUCUCAAUAUACUUUUCAGUAAAAUAGACAUAAUCAAAUUAAAUAAGUAACACAUUAAAAGCAGUAGUUGAAAUAAAGUAACAUUAUAAUGUAACCGUUAUAGUUUAAACAAAAAUGUAUUAUCGUUCCAUCUGUGCGUGUGUUUCAGGAGUGAUUGGCCUUACGUUCAUCAUCAACAAAUUCCGGAUUGUCAGGUUGACCAAAAAGGACCAGUUCAUCGUGGCCUACGGUGGCCUGCGAGGGGCCAUAGCCUUUUCCCUGGGUUAUCUGCUGUCAAGUAAUCACCGGAUGAGGAACUUGUUCCUGACAGCCAUCAUCACUGUGAUCUUCUUCACUGUGUUUGUGCAGGUGAGGUGGACAAGGGGCGCGUUCCUCUGCCCAGGCGUUGCUGACGCAUGCCAGAUCUUACAGCUUUUACCACAUCAAAUGUUGUAUAGCAAUUUGGUGCCUGACGGCACAGUCGAUGACGUGGCACGCAACCAAAUCAAAUCAAAUGAAAUUUUAUUGGUCACAUGCGCCGAAUACAACAGGUGCAGACAUUACAGUGAAAUGCUUACUUACAGCCCUUAACCAACAGUGCAUUUUAUUUUUUACAAAAAAAGUAAAAAUAAAACAACAACAAAAAAAGUGUUGAGAGAAAAAAGAGCAGAAGUAAAAUAAAGUGACAGUAGGGAGGCUAUAUAUACAGGGGGGUACCGUUGCAGAGUCAAUGUGCGGGGGCACCGGCUAGUUGAGGUAGUUGAGGUAAUAUGUACAUGUGGGUAGAGUUAAAGUGACUAUGCAUAAAUAAUUAACAGAGUAGCAGCAGCGUAAAAAGGAUGGGGUGGGGGGGCAGUGCAAAUAGUCCGGGUAGCCAUGAUUAGCUGUUCAGGAGUCUUAUGGCUUGGGGGUAGAAGCUGUUGAGAAGUCUUUUGGACCUAGACUUGGCACUGCGGUACCGCUUGCCGUGCGGUAGCAGAGAGAACAGUCUAUGACUAGGGUGGCUGGAGUCUUUGACAAUUUUGAGGGCCUUCCUCUGACACCGCCUGGUAUAGAGGUCCUGGAUGGCAGGAAGCUUGGCCCCAGUGAUGUACUGGGCCGUACGCACUACCCUCUGUAGUGCCUUGCGGUCGGAGGCCAAGCAGUUGCCAUACCAGGCGGUGAUGCAACCAGUCAGGAUGCUCUCGAUGGUGCAGCUGUAGAAUUUUUUGAGGAUCUGUGGACCCAUGCCAAAUCUUUUCAGUCUCCUGAGGGGGAAUAGGCUUUGUCGUGCUCUCUUCACGACUGUCUUGGUGUGUUUAGACCAUGAUAGUUCGUUGGUGAUGUGGACACCAAGGAACUUGAAGCUCUCAACCUGUUCCACUACAGCCCCGUCGAUGAGAAUGGGGGGCGUGCUCAGUCCUCUUUUUUUUCCUGUAGUCCACAAUCAUCUCCUUUGUCUUGGUCACGUUGAGGGAGAGGUUGUUGUCCUGGCACCACACGGCCAGGUCUCUGACCUCCUCCCUAUAGGCUGUCUCAUCGUUGUCGGUGAUCAGGCCUACCACUGUUGUGUCGUCGGCAAACUUAAUGAUGGUGUUGGAGUCGUGCCUGGCCAUGCAGUCAUGGGUGAACAGAGAGUACAGGAGGGGACUGAGCACGCACCCCUGAGGGGCCCCCGUGUUGAGGAUCAGUGUGGCAGAUGUGUUGUUACCUACCCUUACCACCUGGGGGCGGCCCGUCAGGAAGUCCAGGAUCCAGUUGCAGAGGGAGGUGUUUAGUCCCAGGAUCCUUAGCUUAGUGAUGAGCUUAGAGGGCACUAUGGUAUUGAAUGCUGAGCUGUAGUCAAUGAAUAGCAUUCUCACGUAGGUGUUCCUCUUGUCCAGGUGGGAAAGGGCAGUGUGGAGUGCAAUAGAGAUUGCAUCGUCUGUGGAUCUGUUGGGGCGGUAUGCAAAUUGGAGUUGGUCUUGGGUUUCUGGGAUAAUGCUGUUGAUGUGAGCCAUGACCAGCCUUUCAAAGCACUUCAUGGCUACAGACGUCAGUGCUACGGGUCGGUAGUCAUUUAGGCAGGUUAUCUUAGAGUCCUUGGGCACGGGGACUAUGGUGGUCUGCUUGAAACAUGUUGGUAUUACAGACUCAGUCAGGGACAUGUUGAAAAUGUCAGUGAAGACACUUGCCAGUUGGUCAGCACAUGCUCGGAGUACACGUCCUGGUAAUCCGUCUGGCCCUGCGGCCUUGUGAAUGUUGACCUGCUUAAAAGUCUUACUCACAUCGGCUACGGAGAGCGUGAUCACAUAGUCAUCCGGAACAGCUGGUGCUCUCAUGCAUGCUUCAGUGUUGCUUGCCUCGAAGCGAGCAUAGAAGUGGUUUAGCUCGUCUGGUAGGCUUGUGUCACUGGGCAGCUCGCGGCUGUGCUUCCCUUUGUAGUCUGUAAUAGUUUUCAAGCCCUGCCACAUCCGACGAGCGUCAGAGCCAGUGUAGUACGAUUCAAUCUUAGUCCUGUAUUGACUCUUUGCCUGUUUGAUGGUUCGUCGGAGGUCAUAGCGGGAUUUCUUAUAAGCGUCCGGGUUAGAGUCCCGUUCCUUGAAAGCGGCAGUGGCUUCUGGUUGGGGUAUGUACGUACGGUCACUGUGGGGACGACAUCAUCGAUGCACUUAUUGAUGAAGCCAGUGACUGAUGUGGUGUACUCCUCAAUGCUGUCUGAAGAAUCCCGGAACAUGUUCCAGUCUGUGCUAGCAAAACAGUCCUGUAGCUUAGCAUCUGCGUCAUCUGACCACUUUUUUAUUAACCGAGUCACUGGUGCUUCCUGCUUUAGUUUUUGCUUAUAAGCAGGAAUCAGGAGGAUAGAGUUAUGGUCAGAUUUGCCAAAUGGAGAGCGAGGGAGAGCUUUGUAUGCGUCUCUGUGUGUGGAGUAAAGGUGGUCUAGAGUUUUUUUUCCUCUGGUUGCACAUUUAACAUGCUGGUAGAAAUUAGGUAGAACGGAUUUAAGUUUCCCUGCAUUAAAGUCCCCGGCCACUAGGAGCGCUGCAUCUGGAUGAGCGUUUUCCUGUUGAUUUAUGGCCUUGUACAACUCAUUCAGUGCAAUCUUAAUGCCAGCAUUGGUUUGUGGUGGUAAAUAGACAGCUAUGAAAAAUAUAGAUGAAAACUCUCUUGGUAAAUAGUGUGGUCUACAGCUUAUCAUAAGAUACUCUACCUCAGGUGAGCAAAACCUCGAGACUUCGUAUUUGAUUUUGUGCACCAGCUGUUGUUUACAAAUAUACACAGACCGCCACCCCUUGUCUUACCGGAGUCAGCCGUUCUAUCCUGCCGAUGUAGCGUAUAGCCCGCUAGCUGUAUGAAAUCCAUGUCGUCGUUCAGCCACGACUCGGUGAAACAUAAGAUAUUACAGUUUUUAAUGUCCCGUUGGUAGGAUAACCGUAAUCUUAAGUCGUCCAAUUUAUUUUCAAAUGAUUGAACGUUGGCUAAUAGGAUUGAUGGAAGAGGCAGUUUACUCGCUCGCCGUCGGAUCUUUACAAGGCACCCCGAUCUACGUCCACGAUAUCUCCGUCUCUUCCUCACGCGAAUGACGGGGAUUUGGGCCUUGUCGUGUGUCUGUAUGAUAUCCUUCGCGGCCGCCUCGUUGAAGAAAAAAUCUUCGUCCAAUACGAGGUGAGUAAUCGCUGUCCUGAUAUCCAGAAGCUCUUUUUGGUUAUAAGAGACGGUGGCAGACACAUUAUGUACAAAAUAAAUUACAAAUAACGCGGAAAAACACACAUAAUAGUACAAUUGGUUAGAGGGCUGUAAAACGGCAGCCAUCUUCUCCGGCGCUGUUCUAUGGCGUUGAUGCAAUGCAACGUCUCAGCAGGGGAAAGCCACCAAUCUGAGUGAUGCUGUAAAGCACAGGUGUCAAACUCAUUCCACAGAGGGCCGAGUGUCUGCAGGUUUUCACUCCUCCCUUGUACUUGAUUGAUGAAUUAAGGUCACUAAUUAGUUAAGAACUCCCCUCACCUGGUUGUCUGGGUCUUAACUGGACACAAAUUGAAAUUAAAUUGAAAUGACAAAAACCAGCAGACGCUCGGAUUGGAAUGAGUUUGACAGCCCUGCUCUGAGUUUAAACAGCCCUAGACUCUACUGUGUAUCUGUGAGAGAGUGAAACAGCACACUUUGACCUGCUUAUGUAGACUGGGAUCCCUUUACAACAGCCGCUGAGGGGAGGACAGCUCAUAAUAAUGGCUGGAACGGAGCAAAUGGAAUGGCAUCAGUCACAUAGAAACCAUGCGUUUGAUACCAUUCCACUCCAGCCAUUACCACGAGCCCAUCCUCCCCAAUUAAGGUGCCACCAAACUCCUGUGCUUUACAACUACUGUAACUAGCGCUUUUAUGUUUUUGUUUUCAGGGCAUGACAAUCAGGCCUUUGGUUGAGCUACUGGCUGUGAAGCGGAAGGAGAGAAAGCCUUCCAUCAACCAGGAGAUUCACACACAGGUGAUGAGCAGUAUUAUAUGGAAUACUUAAGCAUUAAGGCCCGAGGGGGUGUGGUAUAUGGCCAAUAUACAACGGCUAAGGGCUGUUCUUAGGCAGUGCCUGGAUACAGCCCUUAGCCGUGGUAUAUUGGCUAUAUACCACAAAACCCAGAGGUGCCUUAUUGCUAUUAUAAACUGGUUACCAACGUAAUUAGAGCAGUAAAAAUAAACGUUUUGUCAUAUCCGUGGUAUACCACAGCUGUCAGCCAAUCAGAAUUCAGAUCUCGACCCACUCAGUUUAUAAUAAAUAUUAUACUGUUGUAUUAGCUAUAUUAUCAUAUUACACUUAUAAUAAUAAUAAUAAUAAUAAUAUGGGAUACUUCUAUUUCUAGUACACUCUUAGUGUGUUUUUAAUCAGAUAGACUUUGUAAACCCUGCAUUUUCUCUCUUAGUUCCUGGACCAUCUCCUCACAGGCGUUGAGGGUGUCCGUGGUCAUUAUGGGCAUUAUCACUGGAAGGAGAAGUAUGGAUCCCAUUCCAAACAUACUGGGAGAUUGAUAUACUUCUAUUGCCAUUUAAAUGUCCACGUAUUAUCAACUUUCGCUCGCUCGCUCUCUCUCUCGCGCUCUCUCGCUUGCUCUCUCUCUCGCUCUCUCCCCCCUCCCCCCUCUCUUCCCCUCACUUUCACUCUCUCCCCCCUCACUCUCUCUCCCUUUCCAUUCCUCUCUUAUCAUAUCAGGCUGAACCGCUUCAACAAGACCUAUGUGAAGAGGUGGCUGAUAGCUGGUGAGAACUUCAUGGAACCUGAGUUGAUCGCCUUCUACCGAAAGAUGGAGCUGAAGCAGGCUAUCAUGCUGGUGGAGAGUGGGCAGCUGCCCUCGGCCCUCCCCUCCACUGUCUCCAUGCAGUAAGUAUUGGCUCCUGUUUCUUUAACGUUGCGAUUUUUGAGUUUAAGAAGUAGAAUGUACUUAAUUUUGUUCCUGUGUGCAUCCCGUCCUUAGUAUUUAUCAUCCAUGCAGUAAGGGCCCAUUACUGUCCACAUCCUCUCCACCAGAGCUUAGUCAUGCUGCUUGACAAUGACCAGGAGUUGGCAAGAUGGUGCAAAAAGAUCUGGAACCAGGCUAGGCUAACAGUGGUCUUUCUGGGUUCCUGACUUGGGUGUGAUGGCGUUUUGUUAUUUCCUUUCUGAUCUGUGUCUUCCCAGGAACAUCCAGCUCAGUGCGACUCCACGGGUCUCUAAGAAACGGGAGGAAGAGAUCAGAAGGAUCCUGAGGUCCAACCUGCAGAACAACAAGCAAAGAGUGAGUUGGACACUUUUAAAGAAGGAGGCUGAGUUGAAGUUGAAUAUCUGAAGGAAAUACCACCAGCGGUAGAGACGACCAGUAAACUGUUCAUGAUGCGGACUCCGCACUCUUACAGUUGCUUAGAUAUGUUUAUCUUCUGGCUGCAAACACCCUGUUCCCUGUCUCCUCAGAUGUGCUCAUUCUCCUAUAGCAGACACGCUCUGUUCGACGCCGAUGAGGAGGACAACGUGAGUGAGGUGCAUCUGAGGAAGAUGGAGAGGAGGGUCAGUGUGAUGGAGAGGAGGGUCAGUGGGAUGGAGAGGAGGGUCAGUGGGAUGGAGAGGAGGGUCAGUGGGAUGGAGAGGAGGGUCAGUGUGAUGGAGAGGAGGGUCAGUGGGAUGGAGAGGAGGUGAUGGAGAGGAGGGUCAGUGUGAUGGAGAGGAAGGGAUGGAGAGGAGGGUCAGUGUGAUGGAGGGUCAGUGGGAUGGAGAGGAGGGUCAGUGGGAUGGAGAGGAGGGGUUGGAGAGGAGGGUCAGUGUGAUGGAGUGGAAGGGAUGGAGAGGAGGGUCAGUGGGAUGGAGAGGAGGGUCAGUGUGAUGGAGAGGAGGGUCAGUGGGAUGGAGAGGAGGGUCAGUGUGAUGGAGAGGAGGGUCAGUGUGAUGGAGAGGAUGGUCAGUGUAUUGAAUGGACCCCAGUCUAGUGUUCUUUCUUGGCUAUGGCUAUGUCUUCGACAUUGUAGAGAUUUUACCUCAUUGCAAUAAUGAAGCCUAUUUGUGACGUUGUAACACUAUUGUCUCUGCAGAUGAGCCACUACCUCACUGUUCCAGCCAACCGGGCGUCACCUAGGCCUGGGGUCCGGAGAGUCAGGUUUGAAUCCGGUCAGUCAGUCUCUAACACAGGGUUUCCCAAACUCAGUCCUGCUUAAAAAAUGAGUCACUCUAUAUCCCCAUUAUGUUGUGGUAUUGAAAACAAAUGGCAAUUUGUAGUAGCAAGACUAUGAUCAGAUAGUCUUGUAGUAUCUUAUUGAUGUAUAAUACUCUACUCAUUUAUUUUAGACAACCAGGUUUUCAGUGCCGACAGUGUCCCUACUGUCCAUUUUGAGCAGCCUUUGACUCCAAGAACACCUGACGCUGUCAGCCUAGAGGCAGAGGUACCCAAGAGGGGUAACCUGAAAGCGGAUGGCGGAGGACCCAGGGGUACUGUAUGAGGGGUAACCUGAAAGCGGAAGGCGGAGGACCCAGGGGUACUGUAUCAGACAGCAACCAGGGAGAGUUGGACUACCAAAGACUAGCACACUGUCUGUGUGACCCCGGGCCCAAUAAGGUUGAGAAUGAUCCCUUCAUGUCCUGA